CGACGAGCGCAAUGGUAUCUCGUACACUCUCUACUUCGCUCGCGCGAUCAUUGCGCAGUGCUGCACGGCCAUCACCAUUGGCCCGGCCCUGGCGGUCGUUUGCGACCGCGGUGAAUGCGCCUGUCACUCAGCUCACUACUCUCCCUAACGGCCUGACAGUCGCAACUGAAGCGCACUCACACGCUCAGACCGCUACAGUUGGUGUCUGGAUUGAUGCGGGCUCGCGGGCGGAGACAGACAAGACAAGCGGCACGGCGCACUUCCUCGAGCAUAUGGCUUUCAAGGGCACCAACAAGCGUAGUCAGCACGCGCUCGAACUCGAGGUUGAGAACCUCGGCGCCCACCUGAACGCCUACACCUCGCGCGAGCAGACCGUGUACUACGCGAAGAGCUUCCGUAAGGAUGUAGCCCAGACGGUCGACAUCAUCAGCGAUAUUCUCCAGAGCUCUAAGCUCGAGAAGUCAGCGAUUGAACGCGAACGCGACGUGAUUCUGCGCGAGCAGCAGGAGGUGGAUAAGCAGAUGGAGGAGGUUGUCUUUGACCACUUGCACGCUGUCGCUUUCCGAGGCCAGCCUCUUGGUCGCACCAUCCUCGGCCCCAAGCAGAACAUCCUUUCGAUCAACCGUGAUGACCUCGAUAACUAUAUCAAGACGAACUACACUGCUGACCGAAUGGUUCUCGUCGGUACUGGUGGCGUUGACCAUAAUGAACUCGUCAAGCUUGCAGAGAAGCACUUCUCUUCUCUCCCUGUCUCCCCCAAUCCCAUUUCCCUUGGCCGUCUUGCACAUUCCAAGACGCACUUUGUCGGCUCUGAAGUCCGCAUUCGCGACGACACCCUUCCGACUGCCCAUAUCGCCAUUGCUGUUCAGGGUGUCGGCUGGAGCUCGCCCGAGUACUUCCCCAUGCUCGUCAUGCAGUCUAUCAUGGGCAACUGGGACCGCUCGCUCGGUUCCGCUACGCUCCUUUCUUCUCGUCUUUCCCACAUCGUCUCCGCCAACAACCUCGCGAAUAGCUUCAUGUCGUUCUCGACUUCGUACGCUGACACCGGCCUCUGGGGCGCCUACCUCGUCACUGAGAACCUGAUGAACAUCGACGACCUUAUGCACUUCACCAUUCGUGAGUGGACUCGCAUGGCCGUUGGUCCUACAGAUGGUGAGGUCGAGCGCGCCAAGAGCCAACUCAAGGCUAGCCUUCUGCUCACCCUCGACGGUACCACCGCCAUUGCCGAGGACAUCGGUCGCCAGCUUGUUACCACUGGCCGCCGUAUGACUCCUCAGCAGAUCGAAAACGCUGUUGAUGCCGUCUCCGUUGAGGACAUUCGGCGGGUGGCGAAGAAGUACAUCUGGGAUCAGGACUUUGCCCUUGCUGCCGUUGGCCCUAUUGAUGGUCUUCUUGACUAUAACCGUCUCCGUGCGGAUACUUCGUCUCUCAUAUACUAGACAAGCUGUGCAUAGCAUAGAUAAAACUUGUGGCUUCUUCAUUCAAUGUCAGAUAGACAGCGUCG